CAGCCAAAAAGACGUCUUUCUCUCUCGGCGACCGCUUCAACCGCACCAUUUUCCGGCCGAAGCGUUCUUCCCAACCCCCCGACAGCUGAAGAUGUUUACUUGUUGAGGCCGCGCGGAGUCGGGCUCGCACUCCUCGGAGGAGGAGGAGGAGAGGGAAAAGGGUGGAUUUUUUGAGGGAGGAGGAGACCGGCGGAGGAAAUGAGUGCGUCCAGGUUCAUAAAGUGCGUCACGGUGGGGGACGGCGCUGUCGGCAAGACCUGCAUGCUCAUAUCGUACACCAGCAACACUUUCCCCACGGACUAUGUUCCUACGGUAUUUGACAAUUUCAGUGCAAAUGUAGUGGUUGACGGUAACACAGUCAACCUAGGUCUGUGGGAUACUGCAGGCCAGGAGGAUUACAACAGACUUAGACCUUUGAGUUAUCGAGGUGCAGAUGUCUUUCUGCUGGCCUUCUCUCUGAUAAGUAAAGCCAGCUAUGAGAAUGUGGCUAAGAAGUGGAUUCCUGAACUGAGGCAUUAUGCACCUGGUGUGCCGAUAAUUCUUGUUGGAACAAAACUUGAUCUCCGGGAUGACCAGCAGUUUUUUAUAGAUCACCCUGGUGCUGCACCCAUAAGUACUGCUCAGGGGGAGGAGCUGAAAAAGGUAAUUGGCGCUUCUGCAUACAUCGAAUGCAGCUCAAAGACCCAGCAAAAUGUUAAGACGGUUUUUGAUGCGGCCAUCAAAGUGGUGCUUCAACCGCCCAAGCAGAAGAAAAAGAAAGGUGGGGUACAGAAGUCUUGCUCCAUCUUGUGAAUGUUAUGCUUGUGGAAAUGAAUUCAAUGCACUGGCCAUCCUUUCUUGUAGCGUCUUGCUCCGUACGAGAAUCUUGUUUUCGAUACACAAUCGACCGAUGCUCCCAUGGCGCAUCAGGUGAUUGGUUUCCGCUUCUCUGUUGUGAUCUGUAUCGACUUCUCGAGCAUGUACCUAAUCCUAAAUGUCCUAAUGCAUGUCAGUGUACUUACUUGGUUUGA